AUGGCGAUAGUCUACGUUGGUCUCCCAACUUGCAUCAUAUUCUACUGCUAUCCUAGAAUAUUCAACACCGUUCGCAGCCACAACAGUAAUUUCGAAACCUCUCGCAAUGGCAGAGAUACAGUUAACGUAGAGGAGAUUAAGGUGGUGCGCACAUUAUUUGUAAUAGUGGUGUUUUUUAACAUCUGUUGGACGCCCAUAUUUGUAAUUGAUAUUACCGAUAUAGUCCUUGGAGGCUGGAUCUUCCUUCGCGAAUUAUACGUUGCAUACAGCUUCUUAGCCACUAUAAGUAGCGCUAUAAAUCCAUUGAUAUACGGUGUGCUAAAUAAAAGUUUUCAAAAGGAAUAUCUGAAAAUUCUACGCUGCAAUUGCUGCGAAGUGCGAACGACCAUUCAGCCGAUAAUGACGGUGGAAAAACGAACAAGCACAGUCAACGGGAGCAACAAAAGGGUACAAAUGGCAGAGAACAGGUUGUUUGAGGUAAAACCUUUCACGCGCAAAGACCACACCGGCUAA